AUGGCCCUUCUCCUCGAGAAGCGCGGCAACGAGAUCCAGAUCACCCAAGACAUUAUCGAGGCCGCAGCCGGGAACGUACAUAGCGGGCAUGAAAUCAUUAAUUGGUUUCUUACAGAGCGCAAGAACGACACGAAGGCCUGUAUUACGGGUAGGGUAUGUAUUGCGGCUGCUGCGUGCGGGCAGCAACAUGCUCUUGGUCUUCUCUAUGAGCAUGUUGCUCCGGGAAACGUAUGUCCUGUCUGGAAAGUAAUCGCCCUUUUUUACACGGCUGCUCACCUUGGAGAUGCGAAUCAGAUCCGACAACUAUUACGUGAUCGGACUCCACCAGAUACGAAAAAUAUCCGUGGUGAAACACCCUUGUGGGUUGCUGCUCAAUAUAGACGAACGGAUGUUGUCCGAGUUUUCUUACAGGAGAAGAACAUCGAUGUGAAUUCAUUGUCCACAUCGGGACAAUCGGCGGUUUUCUGAACCUCUGCCCACGGGUAUGCUGACAUUGUUGCUCUCCUUUUGUCUGCUGGUGCUAAAUCGGAUUUCGUCGAUGUGGAUGGGCAAACAGCUAUUUCAAUGGCAAGAGAAAACGGGCAUGAGGAGAUUGUUCAUAUGCUCCUCUCCCAAUCAAGUAAACCAGAGCGUUGGUGGCAUAACUCGCGGGCUUUUCUGACGACGGCGUUACUUUGCUCGAUUUUAUUGAUGUCCACUAUGGUGUUGACGGACCGCAUUGGCCUUCGACCUCCAACGACUCUUUUCCAGUUUUCCGCUACUGUGGCUAGUUAACUGACAAUAUAUGAAUCUUGAGCCC